CUAGCUUCCUGUAAUUGCAAGUAUUACUACCAAUCGCACGGAAAUUUCGCCAUCGUUGAAUGCAGGGCGGUGCUGUCCAGCUGGCCCUUUACGCCUUCACACCUUCAUUCGUUUCAUUCACUUCGCCUUCCACUCUCAUUCAUUCACCAGCACGUCAUCCACCCACCUCUCUCGAUCCAACCAUGCGCGCUUAUCUUUACGACAACCUCGACACCGACUGCAGAGAGCCUCACGAGCUCUCGCCCUCAGUCCCAGUAUCGGCCGAAGAGCUCGCGGCCUCCGGAGUUCUGUACUGGCGGCUUAAAGACGAGAACUUUACUGAGCAGAUUGACAAAAUCUGCGAGGAGCGCAACUACAAGAACCGCGACCAGAUCACUGUCUCCAAGGAGGGUCUCGGUGACCAGUUUGACGCAAAGAUCAAGACUUUCUUUGCCGAGCACUUGCAUGAAGACGAAGAGAUUCGCGCCAUCCUCGAGGGAACUGGUUAUUUUGAUAUUAGAGAUAAGGAUGACCGCUGGGUUAGGAUCAAGGUCGAGGCUGGCGACUUGAUUGUUCUGCCCGCCGGAAUCUACCACCGCUUCACUCUUGAUACCAACAAUUACCUCAAGGCCAUGCGUCUCUUUAAGGAGGACCCUGUCUGGACCCCUUUGAAUCGACCAUGCGAUGAUAACCCUUACCGCAAGGCUUAUCUUCAGACCGUCACUGCCAUUUAAAUGGAACAGAUCGUUUACUUUGUCAUGGAAUGACCAAGGGGGUUAUACCUGCACUUUCAUAGACGGAUUGCUUUCUUCCGCCGUUCCAUCUUCAGCUCAUUAUAACACACCUCUAUCUCCAUUCAAAGGUUGCAGCAAUAUCUCGCGGACAAAAAUAAAGCGAGUGAUGUUCAGCAUAAUCGUCCUCUAACUGCCCUUGUGCUGUGCAGUUAACCAUCGCUUGGCCCAUUUUCAUCUCGUCUACCC